AUUCCCAUUUUUCCCCCCAUCCCCAAAUCCCAGGAACCCCAGACUCGAACCUUCCCCAUCCGGACGAUCCCGAAAUCGUGGAAUUAGAUCCCGGCAGCCUCUUCCCCAACCCCGACCUCCCGGAGCGGGAAACUUUACGUUGGACCGUGGUUCAACAAAUCGACCCGGGGACGUCGGGGAAAAGCCGGAAGAGGAGCCCAAAAUCCCAAAGUUUUUCCAACUUCAAGAGCAUCAUCGUCCUCCAGAAGAGCUACGAGUGCUCGGAAUGCGGGAAGAGCUUCAGCUGCAGCUCCCAUUUUUCCAAGCACCGCCGGACGCACACGGGGGAGAAACCGUUCCGGUGUUUCCACUGCGGGAAAAGCUUCAACGUCUCCUCCAACCUUUACCGGCAUCAACGCGGCCACGGCGGCGCCGAUCCGGCCGCCGAGAAACCCCGCGGUUUUCCUUAUAAAUGUCAGGAGUGCGGGAAGAGUUUCCGGCGGAAUAAAGAGCUGGCGACCCACCGGCGGCUCCACACCGGCGAUUUGCCUUUCCGAUGCGGCGAUUGCGGGAAAAGCUUCUCCUGGAGUUCCCACUGGCUCCGGCACCGGCGGAUUCACACCGGAGAGAAACCCUACGAGUGCCCGGAAUGCGGGAAGAGCUUCUCCAGGAGUUCCCACCUCUACCGGCACCAACGCGGCCACGCCGGGGGUCGCUCCUACAUCUGCACCUACUGCGGGAGGAGUUUCGGCAGCAUCCUGCACUUCGAGCGGCACCAAGGGACUCACACCGGGGUGAGACCCUACAAAUGUUCCCUGUGCCGGAAAAGCUUCGGAGACGCCCCGGCGUUGGUGAAACACCAAGGGAUUCACCUCGGGGAAGGCCCUUUCCGCUGCGAGGAAUGCGGGAAAGGCUUCGGAGCGCGAUCCCAGUACGCCCGGCACCGGCGGAGCUCCCACGGCGGAGCCGGCGAGGAGAAGCCGUAUCGCUGCGGGGAUUGCGGGAAGAGUUUCUCCUGGAGUUCCCACUGGGAGCGGCACCAACGGAUUCACACCGGGGAGAAACCCUACGAGUGCCCGGAAUGCGGGAAGAGCUUCGGGAGAACUUCGCACCUCUACCGGCACCAGCGGACGCACGCCGGGGGUCGGCCCCACGUCUGCGGGGAGUGCGGGAAGAGUUUUAAUUCCACCCUCCACUUCCAGAAGCAUCUGAGGGCGCACGGAGCCGGAUCCCGGAAAAGCUGCGGGGACUGCGGGAAAUCCUUCUCGGAUCCGUCGGCGUUGGCCAAGCACCGCAGGACGCACGAGGAAGGGAAAAAAGUCGGGAAGGGCGCGGGGGAAGCGCAGAAAAUACGGAAGUGCGCGGAGGAAUCACAAAAAGUUGGGAAGUGUGCGGCGGAGGAAUCCCAAAAAAGUGGGAAAUGGCUGCGAGAAUCCCAAAAAUUUGGGAAGUGUGUGGUGGAGGAAUCCCAAAAAAUUGGGAAAUGUGCAGAAGAAUCCCAAAAAAGUGGGAAAUGUGUGGAGGAAUCCCAAAAAAUUGGGAAAUUGCUCGGAUUUGGGAUUUGGGGAUUUUGGGAGGAAUCUCCCAAAUUUGGGGUGAGGAUGCAGGAGAAUUACGAGAACGUCAUUUCCUUGGAAUCCCUGGAAUUCCAUGGGAACAUUUGGGCUGGGAUUGGGAAUUUUGGGAUCAAUGGAUCCGUGGCCAAGGAACCCAAAUCCCUGGAAUUCCAUGGAGAAAAUCUGGGCUGGGAUUGGAUUUUUUGGGAUCAACGGAUCCAUGGCCAAGGAACCCAAAUCCCUGGAAUUCCACGGGAAAAUCCAGGCUGGGAUUCAUCUCCUCCCAUCCCCCCUCCAGGUGCCGGCGCCGGCAGUGGCCCCGAGGACGAUCCGGCCCCUCCAGCAACCCAAGCCCCUCCCCAAACCCCACCCAAUCCCGACCUUUCUGUCGGGAAGAGCCGGAAAACGCCGGGGCCGUGCUCGGAAUGCGGCAAAAGCCCGGCCAAACCCCGGUGCCUCUCCGCCGAGAAGCCGCACCUCUGCGGCGACUGCGGCAAAGGCUUCAGCCGCGGCUCCAACCUGGCGCAGCACCGGCGCAUCCACACCGGCGAGCGGCCGCACCGCUGCGGCGACUGCGGCAAGGGAUUCAUCCAGCGCUCCGACCUGGAGCGGCACCGGCGCGUCCACACCGGCGAGCGGCCGUAUCCCUGCGCCGACUGCGGCAAACGCUUCAGCGUCAGCUCCCACCUGGACCGGCACCGCCGAACCCACGCCGGCGGGCCGGGACCGCCGCAGCGAGCCCGCGGGAAGGCGGCUGCGGCGGAGCCGGCGCCUCACAUGUGCCUGGAUUGCGGGAAGAGCUUCGGGCAGCGCUCGGCGUUGGCGAAACACCGCAAAACGCACGCCGGCGAGCGGCCGCAUCUCUGCGGCGACUGCGGCAAGAGCUUCAGCCGCGGAUCCAACCUGACGCAGCACCGGCGCAUCCACACCGGCGAGCGCCCCUUCGCCUGCGGCCACUGCGGCAAAGGAUUCAUCCAACGCUCCGACCUGGAGCGGCACCGGCGCGUCCACACUGGCGAGCGGCCGUAUUCCUGCGGCGAGUGCGGGAAAAGUUUCAGCGUCAGCUCCCACCUGGACCGGCACCGGAAAAUCCACGCGGCCGAACGCGCGUCCUACCGCUGUCCGGAGCACCUGGCCGGGUUUUUGGCGGCUCACCAUAACGGGAAGCUCUUCCAGUGCGGGCUGUGCGGGCGGUGUUUCGGUCAAGGCGCGGCGUUGUUGAAGCAUCAACGCGCUCACGGCGGCGACGCGGCGGCAGCGGCGGAGAAAUUCCUGGAUUGCGGGAAAAGCCAGGGUUUGUGCCAGGAUUGCGGGAGGGAAGCGGAAGCGGCGCCGGAGAAGCCGUACGAGUGCCAGGAGUGCGGGAAAAGCUUCGGGCAGCGCUCGGCGUUGGUGAAACACCAGCGGAUUCACACCGGGGAGAAACCCUACAAGUGCCCGGAUUGUUCCAAAGGCUUCAUCCAAAAAUCCGACCUCACCAUCCACCGCCGGAUGCACACGGGGGAAAAACCCUACAAGUGCCAGGAGUGCGGGAAAUGUUUCAGCGUCUCCUCCAACCUCUUGACCCACCAGCGAACCCAUCUGGGGGAAAAGCCCUUCCAGUGCUCGGAGUGCGGGAAAAGCUUCAUCCAACGCUCCGAGCUCACCAUCCACCGCCGCGUCCACACCGGGGAGAAGCCCUACAAGUGUCCGGAGUGCGGGAAAUGCUUCAGCCGCAGCUCCCACCUCAACCGGCACCAGCGCACCCACACCGGCGAC